GUGUAUCCCUCACCAAGCAGAAGACGCAUGGAUAGUAAAGGAAGUAGUGAGGAAAUCACCUACCCGAAACUCUACUUUGCCAUAGAUGGUUUUGAAGAGGUCUUUCAAGACAUCGUAGUACGAGAUGGUGAAUGUGUCUGUGUGGAACUUGUUGCACGCGAUAGGCAGAAGACACGGGAAGCUGUUGUGUUUCUUGGAUCGAUAAGAUAUGACAUCUUGAAGCAAGUUUAUGACGCAAAGGCUUCGUCAACUUGGCAUUGGGCUCAAAAUUUGGUCAAGCAAGGAGGAAGGCGUCAAGAGUUUGUGGGCAUGAGAGGACCACAUAAAAAGGGAUAUGCUGAAAUGGCUGUCGCCCGUGUACCGAACUGUGGCUACGAAACUCCUCUUACAGAAAAUAACAUGGAUUUUCUUGAGUUAGCAAAUGUGAGGUUGGGUACACUUUAA